UGUAAGGGUUCCCGGUGCCUCGCCGCACGGUUGAGCCCUGGACUUCUCAACUCUCGGGCUGUGGUUGUCCUCUCCCGUAGCAUCUGUCCUCCAUACACGUGAGGCAUACGCCAUAUAUGGAGGGAUAAGACCCUUGUACAGAGUUCGCAGCUGAGAGGAGCUGCCGAUCCAAAGGCCCAGCUCAGGAGUGAUCCCGAGUCGCCUGUAGUAUCAAGAUCAAGAUCAAGAUCUUGUCUUGCGAUUGCUUCUGCGGUAUUAUACUGAACCCAGCUUCGGCCAAACCAAUGGAAAAAGUUGUUGGAAAUGCGCUAGUAUGACAGCACCUUAAGACUUGAAUCGUUCAGUCAAGAGACUAAGGAACAGCAGUUAUCCCCAGUACUGGUGGCAGAGAUGUUUGCCCUAUGGUUAGAAGUGACAUGAACUUCCAGGCACCAAAAUACUUUCUGCGCAUUGCUGGGCUAGGGGCAUUUGUUGGAGGAGUGGUGGUGUUCAAGGAAUUCACAGGUGGUGGGAAUUACAGUGGGGAUGAAAAUCUGGCUGGCAAGACAGUUAUAGUGACGGGUGCCAACACAGGGAUAGGGAAGGAGACGGCACUCAGCCUGGCCAAGCACAGAGCCAGAGUCAUCUUGGCUUGUAGGGACAUGGACAAAUGUCGAGAGGCAAGGAAAGAUAUUGCAUUGGAAAGCCUUAACAAGCAUGUCUAUUGUGAGGAAUGUGAUUUGGCCUCACAAGAGUCUAUCAGGAAAUUUGCUGACAGGAUUAAUCAAAAGGAGGCACGACUGGACUUGCUGAUUAACAAUGCUGGAGUGAUGAGGUGCAAGAAGUCAUAUACGAAGGAAGGCAUUGAACUGCAACUUGGCACAAACCACAUGGGCCACUUUCUUCUCACUCACCUUCUUCUUGAUAAACUAAAGGCGUCAGUGCCAAGUCGUGUGGUGAAUGUAUCAAGUGUUGCACAUGAGCGUGGGAAGAUCAACUUUGCAGACCUCAACAGUGCUAAAAAUUAUGAUGAAGGAGAGGCUUAUGCACAGAGCAAACUGGCCAACAUCCUAUUCACCCGGGAACUUGCUGAGAGGUUGGCUGGAUCAGGAGUAACCUGCAAUGCUGUUCAUCCUGGCUUGGUUUACACUGACAUUGGACGGCACAUGAGCAUCAACAAGAGCUGGUUGGCAAUGUUUGUGCUUCAUCCAUUCUUGUGGCUUUUCCUUAAGACUCCUCGACAAGGUGCUCAGACCAUCGUCCAUGCAGCCCUCAGCCCUGACCUGGCUGAAGUGACUGGGAAGUACUUCAGGUGUGAACUGCUGGUAGAUGUGUGUGUAGUGUUCAGCAAGGGUCAUGGUUUAGCAACAUGAAGGAAACUGCCGUGUCAGAAGCUGCUCAGGACAGAGAGGCUGCCAGAAGGUUAUGGGCAAUCAGUGACUGCUGGACUGGGCUAUCCUAAGGUUUUUAGAUUGUUGAAAUAAUUGUGGAGCAGUGGUGGCACCACAUAAUCAGUGAGAUUGUAGAUAUGUACAUUUGCUGAAACUGUAAGCACUGUUGGGGGUGUAGACUGGUUGUACAAUACUCUUAUUUCCUACU